GCAGUUUCAGGAAGUUUCUCGCGCUGCGCAAUCUGACGGGGUGUCAUGCAGUGAGUCAGUUGGAACUUACAAGAACAGUCUUCGCGUGAGAGAGGAAGAAACGGAAGAUGGGCGAUAUGGAUACUUUUCUUCUUCGUUUCAUCAUAUCCUGAUAACUAAAAUUAUAUUCAAUAUUAACACAGCACGCACUCUUUUUGAUAGGAUGUUUGCAGUGGCCACUGGACUUCGACUUACACUGCGCAAGUAGGAAUCCGCGGAUCUGCCAGUGCGCUCGGAUACAUUAAACGAAACAGGAGGCCAGGCGCUUUAUUUUCACGACUCUUGGUCUGCGCGUUUGGGAAAUCCGCCGGUGAACUGUUGCAUGUAGCGGUGAAUUCUGGAGCUUUACACUAACCAAGUGGAACUUACCACUCUGCACAAAUGGUUUUCCUCUGGGACGCCAAAUACGAUCCUGCCCCUGGGCGCCGUUUCACACCCCCAUCGACAAUGCUGAGUCCAGGGAAGAUGACCGAAGGGCUGCCCCUGGGCACCCAGGACAGCAGCGCUGCCACCCUGGUGGGCAAACUGCGCAUCACAGACAGAAGCAUGGUGGAGGUGCUGUCGGACCACCCCGGUGAGCUGGUCCGCACAGACAGCCCCAACUUCCUCUGCUCCGUGCUGCCAUCCCACUGGCGCUGCAACAAGACCCUCCCCGUCGCCUUCAAGGUGGUGGCCCUUGGUGACAUUCCCGACGGCACCCUGGUGACAGUGAUGGCAGGGAAUGAUGAGAACUAUUCGGCCGAGCUGCGCAACGCCACCGCUGCCAUCAAGAACCAGGUGGCUCGAUUCAAUGACCUGCGCUUUGUGGGUCGCAGUGGCAGAGGGAAGAGCUUCACUCUCACCAUCACAGUCUUCACCAACCCGCCCCAGGUGGCCACCUACCAGCGAGCCAUCAAGAUCACAGUGGAUGGGCCCAGAGAGCCACGCCGACACCGGCAGAAGGUGGAGGAGUCAGUGAAGCAAGGCACCCUGGCAUUUUCAGAGCGCCUGAGUGAGCUGGAGCAGCUGAGACGGAGCGCUAUGAGGGGCAGCCCCCACCACCACCCUGCACCCAACCCCCGCCCCGGUCUCAACAGUGCCCCCUUCAGCAGCCCUACGCACAGCCAGAUCCCCGACUCGAGACAGAUGCAGACGUCACCCUCCUGGUCGUAUGAGCAGUCCUACCCCUACCUGGGCCAGAUAUCCACACCUGCUGUCCACCCUACCACGCCCAUUUCACCCAGCAGGGCCAGCAGCAUGUCCGCCCUCACUGACCUCUCCAGCCGGCUCUCAGGUCCAGAGCUGACGGCGUUUGGUGACCCGCGCAUGAGCCUGGAUCGCCCCUUCUCCUCGCUGCCUUCCCUCCCCGACGGGUGCUUCUCUGACUCUCGCAUGCACUACUCAGCUGGUGCGUUCACCUACACCCCGACCCCCGUCACCAACGCUAUUGGCAUCGGUAUGUCGGCCAUGACGGGCCCCACGCGCUAUCACACCUACCUGCCCCCGCCGUACCCAGGCGGCUCUUCCCAGGGGCAGGGUGGGCCCUUCCAGACCAGCUCCUCACCCUACCACCUCUACUACAGUGCUGCCGCUGGCUCAUACCAGUUCUCCAUGGUGUCUGGGGGGGAACGCUCGCCACCCCGCAUCCUGCCGCCGUGCACCAAUGCAUCCACGGGCUCUACCCUGCUCAACCCCUCCUUGCCCAAUCAGAACGAGGUGGUGGAGGCAGAGGGCAGCCACAGUAGCUCCCCCACCAACAUGGCCGCCGGACGCCUGGAGGAGGUGGUGUGGCGGCCAUAUUGACCCCCCCGCAGUGCUUUCCUGCCUUGCCAAUGGGCUGGUGGUUGUAGGACAAGCUUAUGGAACACUCACACUAGAACACUGAAAUUGUUUUUUUUACGUACGUGAAGGAAACUGUACAGAACUACAACAAGCCUAAGACAGAGAACAACACAUUAAAGACUUGGGCAAGCCCAAAUUUGUUUUCUGUUCUUAAAGAGUUUUCACAUGAUUUGGAAAUGAUUACCAAUUGCUGUCAGCGCUGUUGUAGUUGUUUGUACUGUAAGUCAUUGCCCACCCCAGCACUCCACCCCCUACAUCCUAAAGAAGGAGAAGGUCAUAAAUGAACAGAUUAUGUGUGAGCUGGUGCAAGACGAGCACAUUUCGAAUGGUUUGGACAGGUGUCAGUCAUCAGUGGAUGGGGCCUCUGCUGUUUCAGGUGUCCAGGUUUUGGCUGUGCAUCAUGAGAGGGGCUCAGCCUCACUUGCAAUUGUGAUUCUACCACACCAGCUGCACAGAAAACUACAGGCUCGAAAUUUUCAAGUUUCAGGUCAGCACCCCACACUGCACAGUGGUGUUGGACACAAUGCAAACAGUCUGACCAGCCAGGGUGGGAAAAAAACAAACAGACUGGUUGCACAAUCCUACUGUCUUUGUGUGUCCACACAACCACUCCCUAGCAUUACAUUCAAGGAACUGUUUGUCUUUUAUUUAUCUAAUGUAUCUGAGUUGUGAUAUUUAACUUUUUGUAUCUGAUCACAGGCUUUCUCAAUGGUGUUUAUAAGUCCUAGCACAAUGGAUUGAGACGAGUUAAAAUCAGUAUCCUCCUUCUCUGUUUUGGCUCAAGGCUGCCCGCUCUACCUGCGUGGAGGGGAUUACAGGCCAUUUUGUAUCACAGCUCUGUAAAUAGCCCAGUUGUUGUUUACUUGUAAAUGUUUACUUGAUUGUCCAUGCCCACUGCACAGGACUGUGUAUUGACACAUCUUAGAAAGCAAAGCAAACAGAAGAAAACAAAAAAAUAAUGUUCGUUUUUAGCUUAGUUUUAUUUUCUGAAUAUAAAUUCUGUUCUGCAGCAAGCCUUUGUGGCUGUAAUGCAUUCUUCUUACACUGUCCAUCUGGAUUUAAAUCCAGCAGCCAAGAGUAAAUUCAGCAUGCUAUCAUGUCCACACAAGCAACCACACAGACAUGUUUUCCCAUUUUACACAAAUCCACCUUGCAUUCUAGCAUUUCAUUCCCACUUGUUCUCCACAAUUCCAUGUGCAAUUCAAAUGAUCCUUUAUUGACAUGAUUUCAUGGUACUGCAUUAGCAUAGCACACAUGUGUAAUGAUGACCUAGGAUUUGACCAUGUGUCUGCCCUAGUCAAUGGCCAGGCGGCAGUCAAUGACCCUGUGCUUUGACAGAAAUGUGUCUUUCAGAUCAUUUUAUUUUUAGGUAUUCUAGGUCGUCCCCCCGCCACCCCCCAUCUCUCUCAAAAAUAUCAUCUUGGGGUGAUGAUAAAGCUACAGACUUAGUGCCAGCCUGCUCCACCCCCCAACGACUCUGCUAUUCCUGACCCAGGAGGAAUUUACACAGCCUGGCAGACAAGUCUCAGCCUGCCCAUAGCCAGCAAACACACACACCCACACACACAAACACAACGAUACAGGAAAGGGGUCCACACAGUCUCAUGCACAAGGGUGAUGGGGCAAUGGGCUAAAAAAAGCCCAACCUGUCCCAACACAAAACAUUGAGGCAAGGCUGCAAGGCCUUAGUCCUAAUCCCCUCUCAGGAGGCCAGGCAAUGGCCAUAAAACAGAAAAAAAAAAUAGCAGAGGGCACAGGAGCAGCAACCAACAAACCCCUACCACCCCACACUGUGCAUGGUGCAACCUGGAUGAGUUUAUUUUGUGUCGAGUGUAUUUUCAGAUCCUCUUCCUUUGAGAGAGAGAGGAGAUUGAGAUGUACUCCACAUUUCGGCUCACCUCAACACAACAUGACAGACAGGGGCCUUUCAGCUCCCUGCUCCUUACUCCCUUACAGAAAUACAUUUAUUCUUUCUGUAAACAAGCCUACAGACACUCAAGUGAAUGGUGGUGAGAGGAGCCAGGCCAACAAACAGCUGGGGCAAAACAUUCUGUCACCAGAGCACCAUUCUUGUCUUCCUUCGCCGCACCUGUUCACUGCACUGCCACAAACCAGUCAGUUCUGACUGCUAAAUACAGUUUUAUUUGACCAAAAAGGGUG